AUGGCCUAUCUCACUAUCGGUGUCAUUCGCCGAAUUGUAGUAUUCUACGUUAUACCCAAAGUUAUGCAACCAGACAUCUUCAUACCAGAGAGACAGGUGAACGAGUUGAGGGAUCCCACUGUAUGCGCUAUGAUCGAAGACUGUGCCGUCUUCUGGGAGGCUGCGCUCGCAAGUGGUGAUACCCAAGACUUGCUAACGCAGGUAAUGCUGCGAUACUACACAAUUAGACCUCCCCUCUGGGACGACGACAUAGAGUUCGUGCAGAUCCGUAUGUUGAACACUGCAAAGGCCAUUAAAUCCCGACUUGAGUCCAUCAGUCAUGCAACCCGAGGCUUAGUCGAAGUGGACUGCCAUUGGUCGCAGAUCUUUUGGCUCGGUGACAGAGGAUGGUAUGGGUUGCAUACCACCUUCCGGAGGAAACGUCUGCAGAACACGUUCAAGGUGUUGGGAAUUGCGCAGGUAGCAUGUUUUCAAUCCCCGUCGGUUACCAUGCCUGAAUAA